AUGACCGACAUCAUCCUCCAACAUCCCGUCAUCCCGCCGUCAGACCCCAUACACCGCCUCCUCUACCCUGUACCGCUCAACAGCAGUAUCGAUCUUCUCGUGCUUCUACAAAGCUGCUGGACAGCAGACAACUGGGCCGUCCUUUUCCCCAUCGCGUGGAGACUCCUUGGCACGCACCAGGCGCCUACCCUCCCCGUCCUCUUCAUCCUGAUGAAGAGUGGCGAGACCGUUCCCGCUCAGCUGCGCGCUGUGGUCGAGCAUGACCUGCAUCAUGCCUCCCCCUCGGUCCGCUCUUCUGCCAUUGACAAACUCGCCAAGGCGUACGGGUACCGACACCAGAUCCUCUCCGUCCCUACACUCCACCAUCGACGCGGACCGCUUUUUCACUUCCCUCAAGAAACGCUCGAUUUCGUACUCACCGAGAUCGGCUCGGCGAUCUGGUCAGCACCACACGAUACGAAGCAGGAGGCGCUGCAAAAGUAUGGCGGGACGCUGCCGCUGGAGAUGCGGCAGAGGUUGAUGGAGCUGGGAUGGAGUGAUGAUCCGGGAUUGAAGGCGGAUGAGGGGUAUCUCCAGGAACCGAUCUCGGCUUUGCCUAUUCGACAUGUGCUGGAUGCUGGCGAGCCGGCGAUGGGGGCCAAAACAGGUCUGGCGAGACACAAUAGCGCCGGUUCGGGCUCGGAGAGCGGAAUAGGGAUAGGAGUGAAGCAGAAGGCGAUAUUCGCGCCGGUACUAUGGGAGUUGGCGGGGUAUCAGGCGCACCAGGCUUCCGGCGGGGAUGGCGGUGCGGCGUCUUUGUCAAUGGAGCUGGUCAGGAUGAUGCAGAGGGACGAGCCGACCCUGUUGAUCAGGCCAUUCGCGGACCACCUCUCCAUCGACUUUCGCGGGACCCUCUCCCGCUUGAACGCCGUCACAAUCCGCUCGACACCAGCUUUCGCCUAUACCGCCUUCAACGUCCUCGUCGGGUAUCUCAAGCACACCCUCCGCCAGUUCCCUAUACUUCCGCACUACGCCGAGGCGCUCACGAUCAUCGCCUCCCUCGUCGGUCGGGUCCCGGAGAUAUCGCUCCGGGACAUCCGGAAGAACAAGUCGGAGCAUGUCCUCCUCCCCGCUUCGAUCCAGGAGGAGGACGGAGGCUUCAAAGUCCACUCGCCAUGGCGGGACGAGCUCGUCGAUGUGCAAUGCGCCCAGCUGCUGCUCAUUACCGAGCUGCUCAAGGUCAAUCCGCGCGAAACGCACCUCGUCAAGCGGAUGAUGUUCAAUCUCCAGCUUCAACGGCCAUCCCUCCUCGACCUUACAUUCGCGCGGUCAUGGCUCAGCCUCGUGGUUACUCUCUUUGGUCUCGUAAAUCGGACAUACAACGACAAGGCGGAACUACGCCAUUUCCUCAGUACGGCCACUACAAUUCUGGCUGCACACGAGUCGGACCUGCUCGUCGUCACUCUGGCGGUCAGGCUGUUCAUGCUCUGCGCAUCGCGCUUCCGCCGACUAUUCGCGGUGAUGGGCUUCCAGACCAUCGUGCCGGCGUUAUUCGAAACGUACGUUGGGGGCGAUACAGCCAUGCGGGACUGUAUCGAGUACGCCAUGCGGAGCUUCUACCGGAUCCACCAAGAUUCAUUUGUCUACCAAGCAUGUCUCGCCAUUUCUUCCUCCUCCCCGGACUCUGACGCACACGCGGUCUACUCGCUUCUGUCGUGUCUUUCGAAACCAAACGGUCCCACCAGCGGAGUCUCAUCCGGCAUCCGCGGUCUCAACGACAAGGAGGAGCAAGACGCCCUCAUUCAAAUGCUCUCAGGCCCGGAAAUCGCCCUGUCGGAGAUAGGCAAGGACCGCGCUGUACGUCAAGCGGAGAAACUGGCCGAGGCCGCUCGGAUCGAAACUCGCCUCUUUGCGAAAGGGAGUAUCGUCCGGCUCUUUGUGACGGUCAUUGCGGCAAAUCCGCCCAGUGGGGCGGGGAUCAAUAUGCUCAAUCUUUUUGUCUGGAUGGUACCCUUCAUCAAGGACGAGGCUAGUCGACGGCUGCUGGAAGUUGGAGUGGAGGCGCUAGGCGGGAUCAUCAGUCGGGAGAAGGUGGAUGCAGGGGCGGCGGGGAUGCUAAGCGAUGAGGUCGCGGGAGGGACGGACUGGGUCGGCGUCAAGGUCGGGUAUGUCGCGCUGGUGGACGUAUGGACCAGGGAGGGCGGACAUAUCUCCCAGGCGACGACGAGGACGGUGUUGGAGAUGAUACUGGGAAUGGUCCAGAUGGAACAGGCGCUGGCGUACGAGGCGUCAACGAGGGUGCUUUGCUCGCUUCUCAAGACGCACCUCGCAACGGACCGACCGGCGGCAUACCUCAAAGUGGCGGCGGCGACGUUCCAGGCGGCUCUCGGCGUACUUGACCUCUCGGGCAUGCUGCUCGCUAUGGCAGAGUGGAUCAGGAAGGCCGAUUAUGAGGUCGACGGUACCGCCGCGAAGAUCGUCAUCGAUGGCUACCUUCGACCUGCCGUACUCUAUAUCGCUGGCGCGCCGGGUGGCGACCCAUGGGAUCGUCUGCGCCAGAGCGCGGUCUCCCUACUCGGUGCGGCGGUCCUCCUCCCAUCGGGCGCCCUCGAUGUGCUCGAGGCGGAAGGCCUCUCCCUCGGUCUUCUCGCGCAUGUCAUCUUCCCCCUCGUCACCUCUUUUCAGGUUCCACUCGGGAUCGAGCUGGAGAAGCGGGCAGCGGGAGUGUGGAUCCGACUCUUGAAUCUCGUCAUCAACCCAGUGCCCCUCGAUACUGCCACCGAUACUCGGUCGUCUGCCCUGCGCAUCGCGCUCUCGUUACAGAUCAUCAAGGUGAUUUGCGUCCGCGCCCCAGGUGUCAUCUCGUCCAUUGGCGGCCUUUGGAGCUAUGUCGGUCAGCACCUCAUCGGCAUCAUCGCCAACCAUACCCACUCCGUUGAUCAGCUGGGGUCGGUAAGGCUGGUCGAUAUGCUCGCUUGGUCGAUAUACGAGCUGCUCGCUUUACAUCGGAGCCCGCUCAUGGUGUAUAUGCGAUAUCACAUUCAGUCUGCGCUCGCUCAGCUCCCUUCCGACUCGGCCGGUCCUUGCUCCUCGCUCGAACAUCAGGGCGUAGCUUCUUCUACGCCCUCGGCCGGUCUCAUGCCGGACUCUCGGCGAGAUCGAGUCCCAUCGAUCAGCCUCCGCCGUCCAUCCCAUUCUACCGACGCUGGUUCCCCCUCCCUGUCGCGCCUGUCCCAGGCAGACUCCCCCUCUGCUCGGAGCGGCCGAUCUCGACUCUCCCCUUCCCCCUCUCCGGAGCCUUCAAGUCGGCCGUACUUCCUCACUCCCCGUUUGUCGACCUCUGUAUCCAAUCCAGAUCGUGUAGGCCUGACGCCCAUUCCUCCCAGACCUACAAUCACGGACCUGUCUCUCCGACGCGCGAGUAAGUGCAGGCCGACGCUCGAGCAUCCGACCGGAAGACCGACGGGCGCGGCGGGAAUGCGAUUCCGAUUCCCCUCGUCGGCUGAUAUGCGGAAGGUUGGUGGGGGUGGGGCGAUCGUGCACCUUCUGGGUGCUUCGAGUGGCGUUGCGAAUGCCGCUGGCGCGGGUGCUGGCGUUCAGCGGAAUGCUGUUGCCGACGAGAGGGCUGAGUCGCCAGGGGGACCGCUGAGUCGCGUGCGGGUCACCAGCGAGGCGUUGUUGCAUAGGAUGGAGCGGUCGCGGCGGGCCUGCAAGACCAUCUUUGGAUACCCGGUGGAGAUGGAGCAUGACGAGGAGCCGAUCAGGGCAUGGUCGGUACACGAUGCGCUGGCUGAGAUUUCGGAGGAAACGCGUCUACUUGUCGAGGUGGAGUUCGGAGGUCUGUUUGGUGUGGUGCCUGGGGUGGUUGGCGAGAUGUCGAGUGGGGAUGGUGAUGGGUAUCAUGUGGAUGAGCUGAGGGUGCUAGAGGAGGAGGACGACGACGAGCCGCUCUUGGCGACAACUUCAGCGCAGUAA